AGGUGGAGUAAAGCCGAGCCUGUGGGGUGAGCAGUGCAUGAGGAAACAUGCACAGAAACAGGCUGCAGAUGGGUGAGAUGAACAGGCUCCCCGGGCUGUGUCUGAGGAGGUAGGCCGCUUUAAUGGCUCUUAGCAACGCCCCUGCUCUGACCCUCCUCGCGUGUGAGGAAAAUCAAAUCAAUACACUGCUCUUCAAACCACGAUGCUGCAGCAGCAGCAGGGCAUUGUGGCAGCCUUCGGCUCUUCAAUUCAUUAAGGCUUUUCAGUUCACUGAUCUCUGGAUAUCCAUCCCUGCACCUCUGCUGAGGGAAACCCUGACUACAUCUUUAAUUGGAUUGCUUGAGCUCCCAUGUACAGCCGUCUUCUUAUAAGAAAGUAUUAGAGAUGGCUAACAGAGGACCAAGCUAUGGCUUAAGCCGAGAAGUUCAGGAAAAGAUUGAACAGAAAUAUGACCCGGAAUUAGAGUCUAGGCUGGUGAACUGGAUUAUUGUACAGUGUGGAGAACAGAUAGAGCACCCUCCUCCUGGAAGGCAACAUUUUCAGAGCUGGUUGAUGGAUGGAACGCUGUUAUGCAAGUUAAUAAACAGUUUACAUCCAAAGGGAAAUGAGCCCAUUGCAAAGAUCUCUGAAUCAAAAAUGGCUUUCAAGCAGAUGGAACAAAUUUCUCAGUUCUUAAAAGCUGCUGAAAUCUACGGAGUAAGAACAACAGAUAUUUUCCAAACAGUGGAUUUAUGGGAAGGGAAGGACAUGGCAGCAGUGCAGAGAACCUUAAUGGCUCUAGGCAGUUUGGCAGUCACCAAGGAUGACGGCUGCUACAAAGGGGAUCCAUCCUGGUUUCACAGGAAAGCACAGCAGAAUCGACGAGGAUUUUCAGAAGAGCAGCUCCGUCAGGGACAGAACGUAAUAGGCCUUCAGAUGGGCAGCAACAAAGGAGCAUCACAGUCGGGUAUGACAGGCUAUGGGAUGCCAAGACAGAUUAUCUAAAAGCAUCUCUGUCUGUAAAGAAAACACUCCUUCUGCAGCAUGGUCUGUUAAAAAAAAAAAAAAAGAAAAUUAAAAAAAAAGCUCAUUAGUUCUCUUUCUGCCUGGUUUUUAAUAGUUAGUACUCCCUAAGGUUUGGGGCAUUUUUGUUUUGGUUUGUUUUAUUUGCAGCUGCAAGAGUUCAUCUAGGAACUCGGUUUUUCGUGGUGGUGUGUGUCAGUUCACAGCACGUGCGCACUGCUGCCUCCUACUUUUCACUUCUGAACUAUGCAAUGACAAUUAUUCUGUAUUAAUUUAUUUGCAAAGUGUUAUCUUCCAUAUUUGUCUCACACCGCACUUGUAUUUCAACCAGUAACCUCAUUCUUCAAUUCAGUGAUUAUAUUGUCUGACCUAAGAAUAAAGGCAAAUUAAAGACA